AAUAUCUGCAUUGUCUCUCUAAGCGUAAUUUUUAAAGACACCCCCGCAUUACUUCUCUCAGGGCGCCGUCGAGAGUCCUGAGUCCUACGUAUCGUGUACCAAGGACAACAACAUUCUCCAUGAAACUAAUUGCUGACUAUACAAAGGUAAUAAAAAUUAGAGGGAGAAUUGAAAAAUACGAAUUCACCUAUGGCAACGGAAUACACAACAAUGUCACGAGGCGUUGCUAAGGACGCGGAUAAAUGUCACGCUGCUCACGAGUAUUAAUUAUCCUUAAAACACGAUAUUACAUUGUGGGAUAAUCUUACGUGAUAUUAAAUAAAAAACUAAGAGAACUGGAAUAUGAACAGGGAAAUUUCUCCACGCAGACGUCGAAAGUUACUUAAUUCUGAGAUAUCAACUGACAUAAAAAACGGGGAUCAAGAGAUGGAGAAAAAUGUUAAGUACACCAGUACUCCGAUUAAAAAAAUACACGCUGUACCAGACUCGGAGGAAUCGACUGAUGCACCGAUUAAACCUGAUCUGGAGAGACGCAACAGAAGUGUUAAAAGCAUAAAAAAUGAAAGGAAAUUCAAUGUUCAAAGAUCCGAUAGCGCUGAUAAUCGAGAGAGGAGACAAAAGAUCAGAUCGAAAAGGAGAAGAUCUGAAGGGAAUAAAAAUUACCUCGCUGGAAAUGAAGGGUCUCAAAGAGUCAGAAAAGAAAGAAAUCUCCAGCGAGAAGGGGAAGAUGUAGAGCUGCCUAUCACAGAGCUUCUGAGAAAGGCUCAGGAAAAUCAAAGGAGAUACGAUGAGCCGAUAGCUUUGCCAGAACUAACGACAGAUACUCUUUAUGUACAAGGAAAAAGAGGAUUCAGUGCUGUCAAAAUAAAAAACUAUCAAAAACAAGAAAAAUUGUAUAACAGAGGAGAGACGAGGCCCAUAGACAUCGCUAUUAGAAUGCAUAGCCUGUCAAAAACUAUCAUGUUUUUUUGCCAAGGGCUUCUAGGUGGCAUAGCUUUGAACCAACUCAUCUUGGUGUUGAAAACGAACAAUGAAUCUAAUCUCAUAGAGGAAAUCAAUGCGACAAACUACGCUGACAUAAUGUCUGGAAUAUUCAUGUUUCUAGCUACUAUUUGUAUCUUGGCUGCAAUGGACAGAAUUGACCUAGCUCGCCUCGAUCUAGAACAACUUCGUGAAGUUAUUUGCCAUCGCUGCAUGACCAUUAUUACACUCCCCCUAUACUUGGUAGCAGCAUUCAUUCACCUUUCAUCGAUGAAUGGUGAUCAUCAUCAAAUGACGACAAAACGAUUUGAAGGCAACGAGACCAGCAUUUAUAAUCAGGUUCCUCGAAAGGAAAUGAUUACCUGGGAAUGCGUACUGUGCAUAGUAGCUUGGCUUUGCAUCGCGCUAGGACCAUCUGAUGAUAUGACAGCAACACAUUUGGAAGAUAUGCAGAAAUAUGCAGAUUGAUAUUUAAUUGAGCCAUGCCAAGGGAUUUGAGGAAAAAUCUACGCGGGGUUUGCAACAAAAGUACUGAAUACUGACUGUGAGCGCCCAUAAAGGUCAGAGAGUCCAAAAAAUAUGUGAACAUUAAGCAAAUUGAAAUUUGAAUCUCUAAAUGUCGACGAAAAUUGAACGCGUAUAGGCUAUAAAAUGUGACAUGGUCAACAACAAUAAUGAGUAACUAUUCUGUACCUGAAGCUAUUUCCUAUCUACCAAUGGUCUACAGAAAGAGUUAACUAAACAUAAUCAUAAGUAAUGAACGCUAUUCAGUGAUCAGGCAUGAUUAACAAUCGAGUAUCAAUUUUGAACCUACUUUUAGUUAUUAUAUUCCAAUGUAUCAGGUCUGCUGAUGUCAUUAUUCUCAUCACCAUUGUCAGGGCUUAUGUUGGAGCAAGUAAUCCAAUGCACCAUGUUGUUGCAUAUCUGGAACAUUUUGGCAUGAUUAUACAACAGAAACACUGCUCAGCAUUACUCCCUUGGCCCGCUCGAGGAUGUUUCAAGGAAACACCUCGCUAACUCCGCUGGCCUGAAACAUAAAGCAGAUCAGAUUAGUACAAAGAAAAUUGAAAAGGAAAAAUUUGUCUUAUCCGAGGACUUCACCGACAAAGACCCCGCUCACUUGGAGACCUGCAACACACAGCAAUUCAGAUUAGUCUAAGAUAUCCAUGUGAGCCUACCAUUUUCUAAUCGAAGAUCUCCGGUAGGCUAAAUCCUCUCACUAGAAGACCUGAAACAUUCAGCAAUGUGAUGUGAGUAAGUGAUAAUACAGAAUGUAAAGUUCGAGUCUGAGCUCUAAGCACACACAAACCAGCUGCGAGACUCUCAACUACUCAAACACGUGCAUAAAACAAUAAGAAAGAUUCAUGUAACAAUGUAAUGAUAGAGACAAGGAAAAAGAAAAGAAAUGAGUGAAAGCAUAGAGAAUUGGUGGCAUGACGGUCGGCGAUCCUCUUCCAGAUGAUGGCUUCAGGCGCAGCAUCCCUCCUCGACUCGGUGCUCCACGUCAGCACCGAGACAAGAGAGAGCAUGUUGCCCAGUCCCACAAUCGCUUGGCUCUACAUUUUUUGUUUUGAAUCUAACAUUUACAAUAAGUUAUUCAAGCAUAAGUGACUCGACUAUUCUAAGCAAGAAUCUGAGAAUCAAUUAACUGACAAUGAGCAAGUUUUAUAGAUCCUAAGACUGGAUAUAGAAAAGCUAUUGGAAAAUGUGUGAUUUUGGGAACAAUGAGUGGUGUAAAUAAAAAUAAUUCAUGCCAAAUAGUUGCCAUUGUGAGACGCUGUGGAACAAAUGAGCGCACGCGCUUACAAACUACCUGCCUAUCCGAGCACGAGUCCUGCCUACCAUUAC